GGAAACUGCUCCGGGGCUGGCGGCGGCGGGUACAGCGGAGCGAGAUCCUCAGUUAUUUUACCGAAUUUAAGUGAUGGAAACAUACACUAAGGAAAAAAAAUCACCCUUGGGUCUUUGGCAUUCACAUUUGUGUGAAAGAAUCUAGGAUGUUCCAAGAAAGCACAUCACCCAAUUGCUUAAAUAUAACAACAACAUCUACUGAAGAUGGUGCUUUCCAAAAAAAGGGCCAUAGUGCAAGAAUCCUUAGCCCAGAGGAAGCUGAGAGACUGGCAAAAGAUCAGGUUUUGGUGUCUGAGUUCAAACAACUAAAACUGGAGAAAGAGGCACAGAAGAACUGGGAUUUAUUUUACAAAAGAAACAGCACCAACUUCUUCAAAGACAGGCAUUGGACAACCAGAGAGUUCCAAGAGUUAAAAGCAUGUCGGGAGUUUGCAGACCAGAAACUGACCAUUCUGGAAGCAGGCUGUGGGGUUGGGAACUGCUUGUUUCCACUCUUAGAAGAAGAUCUGAAUAUUUUUGCAUAUGCCUGUGACUUCUCUCCUAGAGCUGUUGAGUAUGUGAAGAAAAAUGCCUUAUACAGUACUGAAAGAUGUAAAGUGUUCCAGUGUGAUCUUACUAAAGAUGACCUUCUAGAAAAUAUACCAGCAGAUUCUGUGGAUAUUGUCACACUUAUAUUUGUGCUUUCUGCCAUUCAUCCUGACAAAAUGCAUCUUGUCUUGAAGAACAUUUACAAGGUAUUAAAACCAGGCAAGUGUGUCUUGUUCAGAGACUAUGGACUGUAUGAUCAUGCAAUGCUCAGGUUUAAAUCUGGCAGCAAACUUGGAGAAAACUUUUAUGUUAGACAAGAUGGGACAAGAUCGUAUUUUUUUACUGAAGAGUUCUUGUCUCAGCUUUUCAAGGCUGAGGGAUAUGAGCAAGUGGUCAAUGAAUACGUGCAGCGAGAAACUGUGAAUAGGAAAGAAGACUUGCGUGUUCCAAGAGUUUUUCUUCAAAGCAAGUUUCAAAAGCCUUUCAGUAAGACGCAGGUUCUUGCUGAUGAGCAACAGCAUUGCUUGUUUGAAAUGGAAGCUAGCACGUAGUUUUUCCUUGUGUGUGCUCAUCUUUCUGGUAAACCAGAAAUGACUGCAUCCAGUACCUCUUGUUGGUUUUCAUCCUCAGAUAUGAAAUAUGAAUGCUAUUUCUAAUUCAAAUUUAAGAUGGUUUCAUGAUGCAGGCAACCUGUUGAAUAUCUGUAUUCCUGCUUCUAAAGUAAAUCCUGUGCAGCAUUGUUGGAGGAUCAGGUAAAGGACACUAAAUAUGGUUAAUUUUAAGCACUAGUUUUCAUUAGUUAUUACCAUAAUUGUUAUUUCCAUUUUUAUUAAAAACUAUUUUUAAAUAAGUAUCUUGUGUUUCCUAUCACAUGUUUUUGUAGCCCGUUAAAGUUACAGUAUUUCAGUGUACAGAUACAGGAAUGAAACAGACUCAGUGGUAUAACGUAAGCUGCUUUGGUAUUUUAAUAAUGGUAUCUUUUUAAUGUGCUCAGCAUUUAGAUGUGUAAACAAAUGUGUAUAUUCUAAAUAAGAUACUAAUUUAUCUGAUUUCAUGCUUGAAAGUUGUUAGAGGAUCAGGUUGUCUUUAUCUCUAAUUAAUUUAAGACAUUCUUUGAUGAGCAGAAAUGGUUGAGUUUUUGCAAGUCAGUUUCCCAUUUGGAACUGAAAUCAGUGAGUCAGAAGUACUUUCUUUUAUAUCAAGUGUAGUCAGCUGCUUCUUUCCUGAGCAGAGAUCUUAAUUCUUUUCCAUCACUCUCAGGAAGGUCGUUGGUUGAUGCUGUUCCUAUCACUUAAAGCCACCGUAUUGAUGCUAUGGCUCAUAGCCUGCCACAGACUUAACUGCUUGAAGGAACUUCAUCCUUUCCCUUCAACAGCCCUGGCACUUUGCACUGCAGAACCUCUUCUUUGUUCUUGGAUGAUAUAAUCUCAUAAACGUGUGUGGAUCUUCAUCCUGCAUUUUGAACAGCUGCUCUGCAGCGGAGGAAGCUCAGAAGUACCUGGUAACUUGUGCAAUGGGCUGUGCUGAUUGUGUGUAAUGUACACAAGUUGCAAUAAGGGAAAUUCAAAUGAAAUACUAGAAUUCUUGUAUUUUUUGUCUGUAAGGGGAGGUCAGACACUGGGACAGGGUCCAGAGAAAUUGUGGAACCUCCGUCCUUGGAAAUACUCAGAAAUUGACAGGGCAAGGCCUUGAGCAACCUGUGGCUUUAUUUGAGGGUGGCCUUAUUCUGAAUAGGGAUUUCAUCUCUCACAGUAUACAUUAGUAUGUGAUUGAUUGACUCAGGCUGUCCGCUGGACUUGAGUGUUGCUAGAGGACCCAGUUAUACACAUCUGAUGUGGACCAGAGGUGAGUAUUUGCCUGUUUAUGACAAAAUAGCCAAAGAUGUGAUAAUGAUUUUUUUCAGCACUUUUAAUACUGGCUGUGUGUGCGUGGAGGGAAAGAAGUAAUAACUUUUCCAGCAUAAAGCCUAAUGUUACAAAGCUAACCAGUCAGAAUUUUUUGAGCAAAUUUGAGCUGCCAGAGGUCUUAUUCGAUUGAUAUGUUUAUAAAUAAAUUCACAGCAGGUCAUUGCUUUGCGUCAGGGCACCACAGCUUUUUUUGGUCUGGUACCAUGAACCCCAAAGCUGGAUUUAUUGUGUCGUCAAACUUUGGCCUCAGAGAAAAAAAGAUUAAACCACACAAUUCUCCUAACAACUCUUUGAGGAGGGUUAUUACAUGACGUCUCCUUUUUUUAUGGAGAGUAUCAUCCUGGGGAUUUAUGCAUUGCUGACCCCUGCUGUGCAACCCAUUUGCACUUUCUGCCAUACUAGUAAUAAAUAUCUAGUAACAUUUAUAGUAAAUGAAAACGUACAUUUAAAAGGGUAUAACGAUGAUAGCGUUGUUAUAAUCUGAGCAAUCAUCAUUUUGUGGCUUCCCUCAGCAAAUGUUCAUCUUUAAUACGGUAGUCCUGCAAUAACAGUGUGUAGGCUGAGCUCUGUUGAUUUUUAGUGGGGUUUGAACCCUGUAACACCAGGUGCCUUACAAGACUGAAUAUUUGGUCCUUUUAGAGUAUACAGCACAUAAAUGGGACUGAACGAUUGCCUUGCGUGGCUCCUUGUCACUUUGGCAGAUGAUUGUCAGCAUAUGCAAAGGAUUGGCUUAUCCUUGCUUUUUGCACGAGUGGGAUCUGCCAACCCCAAAAUACAGAGCUACAUGGAAAAGCUUCUCAGAGUGAAACCUGUCACCCAGCAGAGCGCAGAGGCUGUAUCCAAGAUGUUUCCUUCCCAGCAACUGGAUGACAGGCAGAAAUGGAGCAGUCUGAGAGCUGCUUUUUCCUACUUCCCAGGACAGUGGAUGAUGAGAACUUUGGAUGUUUGACCACCGUGGUCUUGGCAUGAGCCACAGCACACUGGGGAUGGGAGAUGCCAGGGCCCUGGGAACCUCUGGCUGUGUGCACACAUUGAGUUCCCUUAAUGGACAGCAACACAUCAGCCCCCAGCACAGCCUGAAAAAGAGGAAAGAAGAAAAGAAGGGGGG